UGUAAGGGCAAUCUCAGUUCUUUUCAUUCCUUUCUCCUACGACUGAAAAAGAUGGCCAAGCACAAGCCCGCCGGUAUCCGUUGCGCCCGCAAGCUGCGCGUCCACCGCCGCACGCAGCGCUGGAACCAGAAGUCCUACAACAAGUCGCACUCGAUCACGGCGAUGAAGGCCAACCCGCUCGGUGGCUCGUCGAUGGCCAAGGGCAUCGUCCUCGAGAAGAUUGGUAUUGAGGCCAAGCAGCCUAACUCUGCCAUUCGCAAGUGCGCGCGUGUCCAGCUCAUCAAGAACGGCAAGAAGAUCGCUGCCUUCGUGCCCCGCGAUGGUUGCUUGAACUACGUCGACGAAAACGACGAGGUGCUCAUUGCCGGCUUCGGUCGCCGCGGCCACGCCGUCGGUGAUAUCCCCGGUGUGCGCUUCAAGGUCGUCAAGGUCGCCGGCGUCUCGCUCCUUGCCCUGUACAAGGACAAGAAGGAGAAGCCCCGCUCGUAAAUGCACGGCGACUCAAACACGCAGACGCUGCUGUUUAUGGCAGUGUCUUCUGUUUGUGUUCCGUGGUGCGUGGUGACAAUAGCUGCCAACCGCACGACGAACCUGUGUCUCUGGGAGAUUAAUACAAAAGGAAUCAAUUAGCAUGGGUGUUGACACGCGGAA